UUUAAAAAAUUGGCUUACGAUGAGAAUAUGUUUGUAAGAAAAGUUUGCCCUUUGAUAUGAUGAACUAAUCCCUUCAUAUAAACUAUAUAAGUCUGUCGACUGUCAUACACUCAUAUACUCCCCUUCCCCUUCCCCAAAAUUUCCCGCCGAUCCCGGCCAGGGCCACGCGCCAGUACACAUCGCCACCGAAUCACUGCUAUCGCCACCAGCAGCCAGCAGGUUAGGCGCCACCGCCUGUCGCAAGUACAUCAGCAGGAUGGCAAAAGGUCUUAUAUGGGCAACAACGGAGGAUCUAAUGAGGAAUAGGGCUCGAGUUCUAUCAUUGUACAGGCAAAUAUUGCGAAGCCUCAACUCUCCAGAGUUGCCACUUAACUUUGCAGCAAGAAUGUCCAAGAAAGCCGAAGUUCGCGCUAUCUUCAUGUUGGGAUCUGAGGAGCGAUCACUUCAUAAUAUUACUGAUCUCAUAGAUGCUGCAGAGUACUCAUUAUCUGUUCUAAGAAAAGGAGAAAUCCCUAAAUACAUCCAGUGAAUACUUUGUUGUCUUUACUAACGCAUCUCUUAUCUUCUGUUUACAAUCAGGCAAAUAAUUUACUUGUAGCUGAAUGAUCUCAUUGUGCUUUCAUGAUGUGUAUUUGGGGAGCUAGAGGAAAUGUGUCUCAGGACAUACGCACAGGUUUCUUUGGGGAGCCUAUAUACAUAGAAAACAAAUAAAAGCAGUGGGGAACGUAAAUAGCAAGCAUUAUUGGGCGGCAUAGCUUAGCAAGGUUUAGGGAUGCACAAUUUAGGGUGAGGUUUGGUCUAGAUCGAGUAAGACAUAUCCCUUAUUUUGACUAUUUUUGGGUCGGGUUUAGGCUCAGAUUCAGACUCUAAAAAAAUAAUAUUUUAAAUUUGCUACACAAUAUAAAAAAGCUUUUAUUCAAUUUGCGUUAUGUAGCAAAUUCAAAGUAACAAGAUAGAAUUUUUAUAAGUGUUUAUAAGGGUUAAAAUUUAGGCUUUUAAAAUUUCUAUUAGACAUCUAGACUUGAACCAGUUCUUGGAUCCUUGGACCCUUGUGAUUCAAAUAAAAUAGAGAAGAGCCAAUGGAGCCUUUAACCCUUGCGUAUUCCUACUUAGCAAUUUCUUAAGGCAUCUCAAUCUGAUAUUAAAGGUUAAAGGAGACGUAAAUAUAUGAGUAAAAAUACUAUGAAUAAAUUCCCACGAGUACACAAUUUCAAUGACAACUAAAUGAGUUUUAGCUAUGCGUGUUUAUAUUGUCAGAAAAAAGUUGUCAUUUACGAAAAUAUCAUUUUCAAUAUGGUAAUCUUUAAUUUAAUGUGUAUUUCAUUUUUAAUUUUCAUCGAUUUAAAUAGUUUCCCUACGAUUCAAAAUCAUAUAUAGUCAUAUAAACGCUCUCAUAUAAGACGAGCAAAUAACAUUUAUUUUUUUUAAAUCGUACUAUAUUUAUUUUUCCGUCUAUUUGAUAUAUAUGGGUUUGAAGCAACGUUAGACAGAAAUUUCCUCAACAGACAAAACAAAAUUUGAAACCGACUAUGUUAGCAAACGGCAUGCCGCAAGUUUACAUUACAUAAAUAAAAUUAUAAUUAUAAUUAAAUUAAAUUGAUUAUUAGUGGUUUUAUUUUAGUUUACUUGGUAAAACAUGAUCGUCAUGAUGCUAAUUUUUCUAAUGACUGAUCAAUCAAACCUAUCCAUUUAUUCCUCAAUAAAUAGCAGAACCAGUCAAUUACGCUUACCCCAUAAGAAAAGUAUACAAACUUUGAACAAGCAAUACAAUACAUUUUUUUUAAAUUUUUUUUCGAAUUAUAGGGUAAGCUGAAAGAAAGAGAUGAUUAAUUGAGAUUUGAUUUCAGUACCUUGCCACGAUACUUAACUGAUUCAAAACCCGAUUCUCUGUCAUACAGUUUCACAACUUCAAUAUAAGUAUUAGCCAAAAACGACACAAAAGAUUUGGGUAACACAUAAAACAAAGGGAUUAAAUUGGGGAUUCAUCAUACAUAGAUACAAUCAUACAUACGGAACUAUGUAUGUAACAAGACCUCUUUCUUUCUACCAAAAAUCCCCUGAUUCUGUUUUAGAUGCACCCCCAGAAGGUCCAAGUUCUGGUUACUUGGUUAUUCAAGAUGAAGAAUCAAUGAUGCCUUCUUGUUUUGGUCAUUCUAAGAGUUUUUCCAUUAAAAAUAUGCCUCUUCCUUCAAAUACUAUCCUCUAUUGUGGGGAUGAUAUACUUGCGGUUCCUGUCAUUAAUCAGCCACUUUCUUCGAAUCGAUACUAUGCCAUUAAGGCACAUAGCGAUCAUAAAGGGGAAGGAUAUGUAUGUUCAAAGGAGGAAGAUAAAGUUGUAAGCUGUGGUAAGAGCUAUAUACAAGAUGUUAAACCAAGACCUUUGGAUCCUAUAGACAAGUACCAACAGUUUGAGUUUGAGUACUCUAGCAAAGUAACCUGCACAACAAGCACUGGAUUUAAAGUAAAAUCAAUAGCUCCUGAGGGUUAUGUUCCAAAAUUCUUAAGAAGCAAAUCACCAAUUGAAAUCCAAAGAUCAAGUUCCAAACAAAUCAUGAUAGAAGAAGCCAAUGGUUUAGAUUACUCCCUACGUAAACAUCUUCCAAAGUUCAACUUCAUGCCUUUGUCUCGCGCAGCUUCUGACCCUGUUUGUGUCGGUAAAUGGUAUUGCCCUUUUAUGUUCAUCAACGAAGGCAAUCUAAAGGAUCAAAUGGAUCAUUCAACAUACUACGAGAUGACACUUGAACAACGUUGGGAAAGGAUAUUUGCAACGGAUAGUAAUUAUCAAGGAAAUAAGGUAAUGAUGGAUGUAGUUGUUCCAAUAUUUGAAGUUGCAAUAGGUGGAAAAGAUGCUAUAAUGGAUGAGAGAAAUGUUGAAAAUAAUGUGAUUUGGUUUAGGACAAUAGGAGGUGUGGGAGAACAAGUUAGUGUUGGUUUGAAUAAGUUGAUUGUAGAAAGAAUGGUAUGGGAAGAAGAAAGAUUUGGAUGGAUUAAUGGUAAGGAAAGGCAAGUGAGAGUAUUUAGAGAAGAAGAUUAUGGUGGAAUUGGAUGGUGGGCUAGAUUUGGAUGUUAUAUUUUGGUUGAAAGAUUUGUGCUUAAAAGAUUGGAUGGAAGCUUGGUUUUAACUUGUGAUUUUAAGCAUACCCAUCAAGUUAAAACCAAAUGGGAAUAGUUGGAUUUGUGCAUUAAUCUAUGUUUUUGUUUGUAAAUAAAAUGAUACCAUAUCUUAAAUACGAAGAUUGUCCGAGUAUUUUGUGUAACAUUUUCUUGUCUGAAACAGAUCGAAUAUUAGUAAAUACUUUUUAGACUCUAUCCGCUUUAAAAAAAGUAAUUGAUGGGUGUUGAGCAAUCAUGACCUAUUAUUUCUUAUCAAAUUCUAUUUCUAGUUAGCUUGUACUAUAUGAAAAUACUUGUGUUUAUACUUCCUCCGUUCCAUAUUACAUGUAACAUUACAAGAUAAUGCACUAUUCAUUCAUCA